CUGAUUUGUAUCAAUUCCUUCCUGACAUCCCUCAAUUGCAUCACAAUGAGCGCUCCCAAAGUUGCCGAGAACAUGCUGUGGGGAGGUCGAUUCACACAGGGCCUCGACCCCCUCAUGGUCCAGUACAACGAGUCACUCCCCUAUGACCGCAUCCUCUGGAAGCAAGACAUCGCCGGCUCGAUCGCCUUCGCCCGCGCCAACACAAAAUCCGGCAUUCUCUCCGCCCACGAGUUCUCUGAGAUUGAGCGCGGCUUCAAGCAGAUCGCCGAGGAAUGGAGCACAAACACCUUCGUUGUCAAGCCCAAUGACGAGGACAUCCACACUGCCAACGAGCGCCGUCUGUCCGAGAUCAUCGGCAAGGAGAUUGGCGGAAAGCUGCACACCGGCCGCUCCCGCAACGAGCAGAUCGCAACCGAUCUUCGUCUGUGGCUGCGCGACGAGCUUCGCAAGCUCGAUGCCUUCCUCAGCGACCUCAUCAAGGUCUCUAUUGCCCGUGCCGAGAGCGAGAUUGACUAUAUCAUGCCCGGAUACACACACCUGCAGAAGGCCCAGCCAGUCCGCUGGAGUCACUGGCUCUUGUCCCAUGCGACUGCGUUUGCCGACGAGCUGAAGCGACUGCGGGAGGUCACAAAGCGGGUGAACCGCUCGCCGCUCGGUACCGGUGCGCUCGCGGGUAACCCCUUCCACAUUGACCGAGAGGCUAUGGCUAAGGAGCUGGGCUUUGAGGGGCUCCUGUACAACUCGAUGAAUGCCGUUGGCGAUCGAGACUUUGCGAUGGAGACGAUGCAGUGGGGAAGCUCGUUUAUGCUUAAGAUCUCGCGCUGGGCGGAGGAUCUGAUCAUCUACUCCAGUCUGGAGUUUGGGUUCGUCCGCUUGUCGGAUGCGUACUCGACUGGGUCGUCGUUGAUGCCUCAGAAGAAGAACGCUGACAGCCUCGAACUCCUCCGUGGCAAAGCCGGCCGCGCCUUCGGCCACAUGGCCGGCCUAAUGUGCACGAUCAAGGGUCUCCCUACAACAUACAACAAAGAUCUGCAAGAGAGUGUCGAGCCCCUCCUCGAUCACAUCAAGACCGUCGGCGAUAGCAUCCAGAUUGCGACUGGCGUGCUGUCCACGCUGACCACUAUCCCAGAGAAGAUGGCCGCCGCCUUGGCACCUGAAAUGCUCGCCACCGAGUUCGCCGACUACCUUGUUCGCAAGGGCGUGCCCUUCCGCGAGGGCCACCACAUUUCCGGCCGCGUCGUCCAGCUCGCUGAGAAGCACGGCGUUCCCAUGGACCAGCUUAGCCUGGAGCAGCUCAAGAGCGUGGAUGACAGGUUUGGCGAUGAUAUCCAGGAGUGCCUGGACUACGAGCGGGCGGUUGAGUUGAAGGAUGCUAUUGGUGGGUGCAGUAAGAGGGCAGUGCUGGAGCAGACUUCGGUGCUCAAGAGCAUUCUGUGAGUGUAUUCUAGGAACUUCAGUAACAUGAAGCAAGCGGGAAGGUUGGAAUUGGGGUCAAAAAGCUCGGGUUAGAUCUUAUGAGAUAUAUGGAUGUUUUAAUGCAUAGAGAGUUUGGAU